GCUUCAGGAUGCUGUUGAUUCUGGUGCUAUUUUGCUUCCCGCUCGGUGCUUGCGCCGUUCGUCAAGAGGACACCACCUUCAGAGAAAUAAGCAGAAUCGAGUCUCUUGAUGAGACUCUCCAGGAUCCAGAUUUCAAUGCACUUGCAGGAUCGGCCGGGAAAGAGCACGGCAGCAUCAACAUCGAGAAUGGGCUCCCUCCGGCGGCCUCCGUUGAAGCGCAUAUGGGCCAGCAACAAGCACACGGCGGUCCCAGCAGCCAGCGAGAGCUGCAGCAGUUUAGACUUCAGGACGAAGCCGUCGACACUUCGUUAACGACUCGUCAUGAGCCUCACCAUGGUUCUCUGGUGGAAUCUACACACUCUCGAAGAAUAUCUCGGACUUUGCUCCAAGACAGCUUCGGGGAGGCCGAUGCGCUCCUGCAAUUCAAGGCCGAAAUCGAAAACUACACGGACAACGCUUUGGUUGGAUGGACAACUGGGAAUCGCUCCACCUACUGCUCGUGGACGAGGGUCAUCUGCAACGAUGAGCUGCACGUGAUCUCCCUCAAUUUCUCCGGGCUGAAGAUGAUCGGUAGAUUGGGUCCUUCGUUGGGCAAGCUCGAAUACCUCGAGGACCUCGAUCUGAGCCAUAAUUUCCUGUUCAGCGAGCUUCCCGUGGAAUGGGGCCGGCUGCAGAGGCUGCAGACCUUGAACGUCCACGACAACUUUCUCUAUGGGUCCAUUCCGGAGGAGCUGGGUCUGCUCUCUGAUCUCGAGGUUCUGGACCUGGGGUCGAACAAGAUGAUAGGCCCCAUUCCCAAGUCCAUCGCCAAUUGCACGAAGCUGCGGUACUUGGAUUUCAGCCGCAACAUUCUGAUGGGUCCCAUUCCGAGAGAGUACGGCCAGCUCGUCAAUCUGGAGUAUCUGAAAUUCCUUACGAACUCUUUAACAGGCUCCAUCCCAUCGGAGCUCGGUAACCUGACGAAGAUCAAGUCGCUGGACUUGGGAAUGAAUGCCCUGGAAGGAGAGUUCCCCGUGGAGCUGGCGUCGCUGUCGGAGCUAAAUUGCCUGAACUUGGGGACCAACUUCCUGAAUGGGAGUUUUCUGACAGUGGAAUCCACUUCAUGGAGUCAGCUCGAAAGACUCUUCAUCGACGGGAACAACUUCAGUGGCGGCUUCCCCAGAGCUGUGACAGCCAUGACGGCGCUGAGGAGGUUCUACAUGUUCAACAACGAGUUCACCGGCGGCCUGCCCGAGAACCUGGGGCAGCUGGCCAACUUCCGAGAGUUCAGCUUCCGCAGCAACCAGCUGGACGGGGAAUUGCCCGACAGCCUCAACAACUGCACGCAGCUCACUAUGCUGGACGCAGCGAGCAACAGGCUCACGGGCACGUUGGACCCGCUGAGAAACCUGUCGCUGCUCUCGGAUAUGAACCUCGGCAGUAGCUACAGGUCGAAGAGCAUCACGUAUGAGAACCUCCGAGGUCACAUAUCGGAUCUCUUCUUCAAUUCCUUCACCGGCACCCUCACUGACGACGUCAUCCUCCAGUGGCCGCUGCUGCAGCACCUGUAUCUCGACACCAAUGCCUUCACCGGCCUCAUCCCCAAAGCGCUGGGCAAUCUGUCCCACCUCAAGGACUUGCUCCUGAACGACAACGACUUUCGAGGCCCCAUUCCCGCCGAGCUCGGCAAGCUGUCGAACUUGACGAUCCUCUUCCUGCAGAACAACGAGCUGUCGGGGCCCAUACCCACGAGCUUGGCCGACCUGAAGAGCAUCCAACAGAUCAAUCUGAGCAACAAUUCUCUGACAGGAGGGAUUCCCCCGGAGUUCGGAGGUCUGGUGAGUUUGACAUAUUUGCGCCUGCAUGUCAACGCGCUGACGGGCGGAAUCCCGCCAGAGCUGGGGCAACUGCAGAAUAUGGUGUAUCUCAUCCUCAACAGCAACAACCUCAAGGGAACCAUUCCCGCGUCUUUGGCGAACUGCAGCUCACUGAUAAACAUCAGGCUGAGCAACAACGAGCUCACGGGCACAGUGACUCAGAUUGACUUCUUGCAGCUGCGAUCCCUCGAGAGCUUCUCUGUCAACGGGAACCAGCUGGUCGGAGGGUUUCCUGUGAGCGUGUACAGCUGCACGUCUCUGAAGCUCCUGGACCUGAGCAGCAAUGGAUUCUCAGGGGAGCUCCCCGACAACUACGAGUACUCUCAGCCAGUGUUGCGCGAUUUGCGAGUUUUGGGUCUAUCAUCCAACAAAUUCGGCGGCAGCGUGCCCGGCUGGAUCUGGAAGCUUCCGGAGCUGCAAGUGCUCGACUUGUCGCAUAACUUGUUCACGGGAGUGUGGCCGACCAAUCUCUCGGGCUUGGAAGGCUUUAGUCGCCUGGAAGCGUCACCAGACGACGCCUGGAUAAGCAGCAGUGUCAACAAUAAUGACAACCCCACGCAGGUCGAGGGGGCGGGGAGGAAAUUGUUUGAUGAAAUCUCCAUUGAUGCCAAAGGUUCGCGACUCGUGUACGAGUACGUCCUCACGACUCUGAUCUCCAUCGACCUGUCAUACAACCUUCUCUCCGGGAGGCUCCCGUACGCGCUUGGAGCGCUGCGUGGGUUGACGUACUUGAAUCUGGCGCACAAUAAUUUCUCGGGCGAAAUUCCUCAGGUGUUCGGAGAUCUGCUGGGUCUGGAGUCGCUGGAUUUGUCGGCCAACUAUCACACGGGGAAGAUUCCUGCGAUGCUGACCACCAUAUCCAGCUUGGGCUAUCUGAACCUCUCCUACAACUUCCUCGAGGGCGAGAUCCCCACGGCGAAUGCUUUCUCCACGAGGUACGACAUUUCGUCCUUCAAGCCCGGGAACGAUCAGCUCUGCGGGGCCCCGCUCGAGACCACUUGUGUGGUGCAAAACAGCAACGCAAGCGUAAGCUCGGCCACACUCGGGGCUCCGUGGUCCGAGCUCCAGGAUGGUACAUUUUGGCGGGCCUUCGAGAUCGGAACGGCGAUCGGGGUCGUGAUUGUGUUGGGAACGCUGAGCACAAUCCCCUUCACACGACGCUGGCUGCUGCAUCCGCAGAAUUCCGCUCGCCGUUUCAAAGAAGGUAGAUACGGAGUGUUCAACGAACCGACAUAGACCGAAUCGUUCAGGAGCUGACUGCUGCGCACGUGACUGCUGGCUUUGCACCCAGCUGGACCCCGUGGUCCAGCCGGGGCUUACGAGAGUCCGCCAUACACAUGUGCUACUGCUGCUGGGCCUCUAGAUAGCACAGCCUUGUCUGCACGGAGUUGUUCCAAUUGGACUGUGUAAAGUAGAGCCCUCGGAAGGCCAGAUUCCACGACGAUUCAUGAUUGCAGGAUUUUAUACUCCACUCGGAAGAUUUUGUCUCCACGUUGCAGAAGAGUCAAUGUAAUAUACAGGCU